UGUAGUUUUUUUAUUAUUACCUAACAGCUGCGCGGCUUUUAAUAGGUAAACGAAAAUAAAUAAGAAGGGGUGAAUGGAAUAUAGUAAAUCGGAAGUGAAUGGAAAUAUUGAAUGAAUAAAAGAGAGAAUAGGGUAUAUUUUUGUUUAGUUAUUGACAACCUUUUUUUAUAAAGAAAAUUAAAAAUAUUUUUUUAUUUUUAGUUAAUAUAUUUAUUAAUUUAAUUUAUUUUCUUCUUCUUCAAAAAAAUAAUGAAAGAAUUAUUUGAGAAUUGUUGUUUAGGAUACACACAAAAUGUUCAAUUAUUAUUAUUUAAAAUGAGCAAAAAACAAAAUAGUAGAAGAUCUCCUUUAAAAUUUUUUCGUUUCUCCCCUUCAAAUGAUGACAGUCAUUUCUCCAACCCCCCAACUGGCUGGUUAUGUAAUCUUCGUCAACCAAAUACUUUACAUACACUUUUACAUCUGGCAGCACUCCAUGGACAUAAAGAAAUUGUUCAAAUUUUAAUAGAAAAAGAUAAACAAUUAAUUAAAAUAAAAGACCGUCGUGGCUGCCUUCCUUUACAUUUAGCUGCUUGGAAUGGACAUUUAAAUAUUUUGGAGGUUGACAAAAAAAUAAAUUUAAAUAAACAAAAAUUAUUUAAGAUAUUAUUAGACUGUGAACCAAAAAGUGUGAAUGAAGUAAAUAAUUCUCUACAGACUGCCCUCCAUUUAGCUGUUCAAAACGGGCAUGGUCCUUCAAUACUUUUUAUUUUAAAGAAAAAUGGAAAUCCAAAAAUGCGCAAUGCACACCAAGAGAAUUCUUUAGACAUUGCUGUCCGAACGGGAAGAGCAAAUUUGUGUAGACUAUUGUUAAUGCAUUGUCCUGAACUUUCAGUUUCGAGUACUUCGGAGUGUUGCUCGACAACACCAACCCAUCCAACAAAAUCUUAUUCAACCCCAAUUUAUCCAUUACAUAUAGCUGCUCGAAUUGGAAAUGAAGAUUGUUUGAAAGUUUUACUAGAAAAUGGUUUUGACACAAAAUAUUUGGGAACAGAAGGGACUGCAUUACAUAUAGCUGCAAUUAAUGGAAAUAAAAAUGCUUUGAAAAUAUUACUUGAUAAUGAGGAUAACCUUUCUUCAUCUUCUAUUGACGUAAAAAAUAUUGAAGGCCUAACAGUUUUAGAAUUAUUAAAUAGACAAUUAAAUAUUUUUGGUUCAUCUAAUGAAAAACGAAUUCAUGAACGUGUUCGUAGUUGGGAAGAGUGCAGAAAUAUUAUUUUAAAAUAUUUAUCAAAAGAAAGAAAACAACAAAUUGUAGAAAAACAAAAUAAUAAGGAAAAUAAAAAGAAUUUAAUACCUAAUGGUUGGACAAUUCAGGCAUAUAUUUUUAAUAAGAUUAUUUAA